GUGCCGCGGCUCCCCGGGGGCUCUGGUGCUGCGGGGCUGGGGGAAACCGAGGCAGGGAGCCGGCAGCGCUUUGCCGAUCCCUUUCCUUGCGCCCGUGGGUGCUGCUGCCCCACCUGUGGCAGGUAGACGGGCAAAAAGGGGUGGGCGGACAGACGGACGGGUGGCCUCGCAGAACCUGGCAGGGGGACAAUCCCUGCAGGAGAUACCUGUGCCGCUGGGGCUGCCGCGCUCCCGGCUCCGGGAGAGGUGCGGUGCGAGGAUGGCCCCAAGCUGGCUCUGCAACAAGGUACCGGGGGGGGGGUCCAGGGGGGGCUCACAGCUCUUUGGGGUGCAGCAGGGUCCAUGCCGGCACUCCUGGGCACUGGGACGGUGCCACCGCCUUGGGUAAGGGCUGGAUGGAUCUGUCCCUGUCCCGCUGGGCUCUGCGCGGUGCCGGUGGGCGAGCGGCAGCCGGGGUCUUGCCAGGGUCCCCGUGUGCUGCCCGGGGGAACUCCUGUCCCGGUGCUUCAUCUCUGAGGGUGAGGGCUGCUCGCAGCAAAUCCGGGUGGGCUCCUUGCACCCGGGACCACCCUGCCACCUCCUCCCUACGCCUUGAGCCAGCGGGAACUCCUCGGGUAUCCCUUGUGCAGCCUUGCUGGCCAUCCCCAGGUUUCGGGGCUGCACCCUGUGUUUGCUCUCCCAAAGGAGAACGGCCUGGAACCGGUGGUUUAUUGCACUCUUUGGGUCUGCUGCACGUUUCCCACCGCAGCUGGAGGAGUCAGAUGCUGCCCUGCACCCAAGGGUGCCCUGCCCAGCCUGAGCCCUCCCUGCGGUUGCCUGCGGCACGAGCACGUCCCCGCGGUGCUACAGGCUGGAGCUGUGGGGUCUGGUCGCCGUGGGGCUCCUGGGGCUCGGCUACCUGCUCUACCAUGUUGACCAGCUGUGGCCCAGCAUGGUCCCUGAGGGCAGCACCCUCCCCAGCCCCCGGGCAGCCCCCAGGCUCCCCCCGCCCCGGGCUCUGCCCACCCCUGCCCCGUGCGUGGCCAAUGCCUCGGUCCACAACAUCUCCGGCUUCGCCAAGCUGCCCGGCCACGUGCAGGACUUCAUGCGGUACCGGCACUGCCGGUCCUUCCCGGCGCUGCUCAACAUCCCCGGCAAGUGCGGGGGGCCCGAGGGGUCCCCCAACAUCUUCCUCCUCUUGGCCAUUAAGUCAUCACCGGUGAACUACGAGCGGCGGGAGGUGAUCCGCAAGACCUGGGGGCAGGAGAAGACCUUUGAAGGAGCCUUCAUCCGCCGAGUCUUCCUUGUGGGGGUGGCCCCCAGCGCCCAGGAUGCCAAGAAACUCAACUGGCUUCUGCAGCUGGAGCAGCGGGAGCACGGGGACGUGCUGCAGUGGGGCUUCAGGGACACCUUCUUCAACCUGACGCUGAAGCAGGUGCUUUUCCACGCCUGGCUGGAGGAGCACUGCCCCGGCGUCCGCUUCAUCUUCAACGGGGACGACGACGUCUUCGUCAACACGGACAACGUCGUCCGCUUCGCAAUGGGCGUCCAGGAGCAGCACCUCAUGGUGGGGCAGCUCUUCGUCAACAACAGCCCCGUCCGGCUCCAGCGCAGCAAGUACUUCGUGCCCACGCAGCUCCUGGCCUCCGACCGCUACCCGCCCUACUGCGGCGGCGGCGGGAUGCUCAUGUCCGGCUUCACCGCCCGUGUGAUUUCCCGGGAGUCGCGGGACGUCGAGCUCUUCCCCAUCGACGACGUCUACCUGGGCAUGUGCUUGGAGAAGGCAGGGCUGCUGCCCGCUUCCCACGCUGGCAUCCGGACCGUGGGCGUGGGGGUGCUGGCCAACACCGACCCCUUCGAUCCCUGCUACUACCGGGAGCUGCUGCUGGUGCACCGCUUCGCGCCCUACGAGACGGCGGUGAUGUGGCAGGCCAUCCACGAGCCCCAGCUGCUCUGCGGCAAGAGGGCGAGCAUCUUCUAGGGCGGCCGAGGAGGACUGAGAGCCAGGAUGAAAUACUGGUGCAAGCUGAGGGCUGCUCGGGCUGUGGCUUUCCCCAGAUUCCUGGUAGCUGCAGCUCUGGGGGGGACCCCAGGGCCGACCCCCCCUCUCCAGCGUUGUCCCACCAGGAGGGCAGAGAAUUGUCUGUGAUGCUGAGCCCUGGCUCCCACCCUGGGGACUGCUACGUGCCACCAUGCACCCAUCCUGCCCUUGGCCCCUUUCUGCCUGGUUUUUACCCCAAAUCUGCCCUCCCGUGGCCAGGGGACCCCUGAGGCACUGGAGGGAGAAUAAACGAACCCGUGUUGUUAAUGA